CCUAUCUUGUCACUUGAGAAAUGAAGAUAGGACGGGCUUAGUUUUCUCCAUUGAGGUCAAGCAGCUGCACAAAGUGCCUAAUAGCUCAUUAUUGGCUCAGCUGCCUGUCUGCCUCGAGCACAGUUUCAGAAUGUGGCCACUGGAGGCUCCCAGCAGUUUAUGCGUCACUUCAUUCCGAACGCGGAUGAUGGCGGAGCUCGAGAUAGUGCAGCCUGAACCGGAGGCGCCCGAAGUUCUCAAUGGGGACGCCGACGAAAACGAAGCGAAAGAGGACGCGGAGCCCUCGGAAACAGGCAAGAAAAAGAGAAGAAAGAAGAAGAAGAAGAAGACCGCUGUCCCAGCAGGGACAAAUGAGUCUGAGGGGGAUGGAGAUACGGGAGGAGGUGUUGGUGAUGUGACGAAACAGUUGGAGCAGCAAGCCCUGCCCGAGGACAUAGAUAAGGAGGAUGAUGGAGAGGAGGAUGGAGAAGAGGGUGAAAACUCCGCAGGGAAGAAGAAGAAGAAGAAGAAGAAGAAUAAGAAGGGAGUGAAGGGGCAGACUGACCCUCCCACUGUCCCUAUUUGUGAGCUGUAUCCCAGUGCUGUCUUCCCAAAGGGAGAGGAAUGUGAAUAUCCUCCAUCUAAAGACGGGCGCAGUGCAGCGUGGCGGACCACCCAUGAGGAGAAGAGGGUCCUCGACAAGGCCAACGAGGAGAUGUGGAGCGACUUCCGUCAGGCUGCCGAGGCCCACAGACAGGUCCGAAACUACAUCAACACCUGGAUCAAACCUGGGAUGACCAUGAUCGACAUCUGUGAACGACUGGAGGACUGCAGUAGGAGGCUGAUCAAAGAGAACGGUCUGAAGGCUGGCCUGGCAUUCCCCACUGGCUGCUCAAUCAACCAUGUUGCUGCCCACUACACUCCUAAUGCUGGUGACCCCACAGUCCUGCAGUACAACGACGUCUGCAAGAUAGACUUCGGCACGCACAUCAACGGUCGAAUCAUUGACUGUGCCUUCACCGUGACCUUCAACCCAAAGUACGACAGAUUACUGGAGGCUGUGAGAGAUGCUACCAACACAGGCAUCAGGUGUGCGGGGAUAGAUGUGCGUCUGUGUGACGUGGGUGAAACCAUCCAGGAGGUCAUGGAGUCUUAUGAGGUGGAGAUAGAUGGGAAAACAUACCAAGUAAAGCCAAUCAGGAACCUCAACGGCCACUCCAUCGGCCAGUACAGGAUACAUGCAGGCAAGACUGUCCCCAUCGUCAAGGGAGGAGAAGCUACCAGAAUGGAGGAAGGUGAGGUGUACGCAAUCGAGACGUUUGGCAGCACUGGGAGGGGAGCUGUUCACGGUGACAUGGACUGCUCGCAUUACAUGAAAAACUUCAACGUUGGACACGUGCCAAUAAGGCUCCCCAGAGCGAAGCAUCUGCUCAACGUGAUCAACGACAACUUCGGGACGUUGGCGUUUUGCCGUCGCUGGUUGGACCGGCAGGGAGAGAGCAAGUACCUGAUGGCCCUGAAGAACCUGUGUGACCUGGGCAUCAUAGACCCGUACCCUCCGCUCUGUGACACCAAGGGCUCCUACACUGCCCAAUACGAACACACCAUCCUUCUCAGGCCCACCUGUAAGGAAGUGGUGAGCAGGGGUGAUGACUACUGAGUACGUUCCCGUGGGCCAGCUGGCCUCGAACCAGGAAGAACAGGAAGACAAAGAAUGAGAGAAGGUACAGUAUAUCACAAAGGUGAGUACA